GCUGGGGAAGUGCUAGAGCACCUUCCCGAUGGGGAGUGCUUGUCCGUCCCUCGGGGAAGCCCUCCCUGAGAAGCGGCUCUCUGGGAGAGCCUGGAGAGGAGGAGGAGGAGGAGGACAACUGUGGUGCGCUCUCAGCCAAGAUGCCUGUUCCUGGAGGCAAUCACUGACAGUAUGUUCGCCAGCCACUCCUUCAAUCAUUCCCAGACACCACCUGCCAUCCUUCCAAUGAACUUCUCCUCGAUCCAGACAGGGUCAGUGAAAGUCCCAGCAAGAACUUCUUCACCUGCUUCUCCAAUUUUCUCUAUGACCCUGGGUGCUGUCUCCAACAUUGUAGCACUGGCUAUCCUGGUACAAUCUUAUGCCCGCUUCCGACGCCGUUCCAAGGCCACUUUCCUGCUUUUUGCCAGCAGUCUGGUUAUCACGGACCUAGCAGGCCACGUCAUCCCAGGCUCCUUUGUGUUGCAUCUUUAUGCCACAAGGAACAGGUGGACAGCCAUGGACCCUUCCGGAGCCCUCUGCAAGUUCUUUGGCGCCUCCAUGGUAUUUUUUGGACUGUGCCCACUCUUUCUGGGCUGCAUAAUGGCGGUGGAGCGCUGCAUGGGCAUCACUCGUCCUUUGCUGCAUGCUGGUCUUGUCACACCUGGCCGAACAAAGCUCUGCUUGCUGGCACUGUGGACGACUGCUCUAGUCAUUGCCCUGAUGCCUCUCUGCAGCUUUGGGAAGUACGUCGUCCAGGAGCAAGGGACCUGGUGUUUCAUCAGUGUGCAAGAGGCAAAAGCCUGGCCUGAAGUGGCCUUUGCCUUGCUCUUCUCCUUGCUGGGUUUGGCCUCCCUGCUGAUUGCUCUCUUCUGCAACACAUUCAGCGGACUCAACCUGGUACGGGCCCGGCUUCGUAGUCAGCGCAAAUGUGGGCACCGGCGGGCCAAGGCCCAUGACAUUGAGAUGGUUGUGCAGCUGGUGGGCAUCAUGGUGGUUUCCUGCAUCUGCUGGAGUCCCUUACUGGUCUUUGUCAUCUUGUCAGUGAGCAACUCCCACAACACUGAAUACACAAAGCUCCUAUUUCUUGGUGUGCGCCUGGCCUCGUGGAACCAGAUCCUGGACCCCUGGGUAUACAUCCUGCUACGGCGUGCUGUGUUGCGCAAGCUUGCUGCUCUACUUCUACGGCGUCCUGAUCUCAAGGGGCUACGUUUUGACCGCUGGGAGGCAAGCUCCUUCCAAAGUUCUGAGCGCAGUGUUGCUGCUGGUCGCAUCUAGUGCUGGCUGGAUCAAGCAGAAGUACCUUUCCUCUUCAGGAGCUCUUCAGAGCACUUCACACACUCCCCAGUGUUUGCAAAAUGGGAUUCUGUACCCAGGGCUCUGGAACAAAUGAGUGAUGGGGUUCAAGACUAUGGAGAAAAUCAUACUAUUGGGCCAGGUCCCUGCCUAGUUUUGCAUCCUGGGACUUUAUUGUGAAGGAGAGACGUGGAAUCCUUCUUGGAGUAAAAAUGAUAAGGAGUGACGAUAAUCCCUUUGGGGAAGAAGAGCCAUAGAUCAUGGUAGAGAGCACAUGCUUUGCAUGCAGAAGGCCUGAGAUUCAAUUCCUGGUGCCUGUAGUUAAGUAAGGCUGGGAAAGACCUUGAACUUGGAACCUGGAAUGUCACUGAUACUCAGAGGAAUCAAUAGUGGGCUAGAUGACCCAGUGGUCUGACUCAACAGAAGACAGCCUCAUACAUUUUGGCGACUUUGUCACAUGUGGUGGGAGAAAAGCCAUAAUUUAGCACUUUCUGAAAACAUACAACACUUUCUAGCAUAGCCCAUGCACAAUAUAUAGGAAUCUUGUUAUUGCUGCUAUAGUUCAAAGCAGUAAGAUGCUGGUGGUUCAGGGCAGUAAGUCAUCUGUGACUCCCUGGUAUGAUUCACUGUAUCCUCUCAGGAGCAUAAAGCUUGCUUAUGGGUCCAAGUAGAAGCUUGGAGUCCUGGAGGCAGCUUCUGUGAUGAUUUUUAAAAGGGGGGGGGGACCCUCAGAUAACAUCCUGCUCUCCAGCUAAAGAGGCAACUCUUAAAUGGUGGGUCUCUAAUAUUAGCAGAGGGAGAGCAACUGUCCCUGUUCAUUGCUGCACAGCAUUUAACCCAGUGGUUGUUUGGGGCCUCUUUCUCUGUGUAGUUUGGUGGGUUGUUUUUUUUUUAAUGCUUUUGAAUCCCUUUGGGACAGGAAACUUUUCCCCCUGUUUCUUUUGCUAUGUCAACUUUCUUGAUUGGAUAAUUCUGUUCAGACAGUUCAUCCAGCUGUAGCUGAUUGAAUAUAAAACAUGUUUAACUUGC